AUGGCAGACGAUCGGCCAGCACCGUACCCGUCGACGGCCCCCGCCAUCGACGAUGAUCACGCCGAAGCUCCCGGAACCCGAAUGCCAGGGUCGCGCAGAGUCCCAAAGAAGAGGACCAAGACGGGCUGUUUAACUUGUCGCAAGCGUCGUAUCAAGUGCGGCGAGGAAAAACCGAUAUGCAGCAACUGCGUGAAGUCCAAACGGAUCUGCGAAGGCUAUGCCCAGCGAGUCGUCUUCAAGAAUCCGCUGGGGAUCCUCGGGCCCUAUGGCCCACCUGUUGAUCAGGAUUCUCAGAUGCAACACCCGAUCCAGCACCAGAUGCGUGUACCGCUGUUCGGCGACUAUAGCACUCUCCCAGCUCAGCAGGCUGCUGCCGCCGCCGCGCAGCACCCCAUGCUGGCCCCACGACCAGUAGAUCCCGCGACAUUCGGAUAUCAUCUGACUCAAGCAACAGAAAACACCCCAUCGCAGGGCCAGGUAACUCAAACAGCCGCCGCUCCUCAUUUCUAUUUUCCAGCUCUGCCAGUCCAAGUACCGCUAUCUCAGCCAUGGUCACCUCAGCAGGCUCAGCCGUCCUCACAACAUCCACAAUCGCAAACACACACACAACCACCAGCACCACCCACUCAUGUUGAAUACUCACAAAUACCCCUUCAGUCCGUUGGUUCCACAAAUCAGAGUAGCUCCAAAUAUGAACAAGAAGCACACGAUCCCCAUCCGCAACCCAUCAUCAACUGGGCAGAUUUCCAGCAGGCAAACUUCCCUCAGGGCUCCGGCUUGGCUCCAAGUUCAGUCGCGCCGAUGACAGGUGAUCCGCAAUCAGAAAACCCUUCCGAGAAUCCCUUAUUUCCUCAGCUGUCUGCAAGACCUCUGGCGCAGGUGGAUUCAUCUGGACAUUUCAUUCAACAGUACCAUCCCCAGGUCGUAUACGUGGAAGAUGAGAAUGAAGAUUACUACGAUGUUGAAUCCGAUGAAGAGAUGGUGGAUCAAAUACAGGCCGAGGGUUUCAACCAGCUGAGUCUUAUCAUGGCCUCGGCUAAUCAAGAUGAUCGUCGACUUCGUUCGUUCACCACCCACUUAAAUGAGCCCAAUGUCUUGGCUUCGUACAAUCCCUCUCUCGGCUCCAGUCCUCUGAAUAAUCCCAAAACGGCCCGCAUCUUUGCCCACUUCAUUCACUCAACCGGUCCGUCAUUGUCUAUCUUUGAACGGCACCCGACUGAUUCCUCAAUCGUUCUGGGAGUCUCUGUGCCCCCGGCGCAGCAAGGUCUUUGGACCUAUACGCUUCCCCUCAAAGCCCUGGAGCACCCGGCUUUGCUGCAAGCCAUUCUUGCGGUUAGCAGCUUGCAUAUUGCUUACCUGCAAAAUGCGACCACCACUGUUUCUAUGAAACAUUACCACUACGCAUUGAAGCGGAUCGGGCGUGCGGUAGGCCUUCCGCUUCGGCGCAAACAGAUUGGUACUCUCGCUGCGACCACGCUUUUGGCCUACUAUGAGGUUAUUUCAGCGGACCACUCGAAAUGGAACAGCCACGUUGCGGGUGCGGCUCAGCUAAUCAGGGAGGUGGACUUUGCUGGCGCGACCCGGGACCUUCGGGCUCACCGACGUAAAGCCAGUGAGCAGCGUCGCCAGAUGGGAUGGUCGGACACGCCCAUGUAUCACACAGGCUUUGGUGACGUCCCCGAUGAUGACCCUUUUGCUGUGAAAGAGGGCAGUGUCGACGAAGCACUCCUGGGGUCUAUUCUAGGCCGUGCGGUUAAUUUUGAUGAAUUUGGGGUCGUUGAAGAUGGAUAUAUGAACUCUCCCAAGAAGCACUUCUCGCGGAAAGAUAUUGAGAACUUCCGAAUCCAAUGCGACCUAUAUUGGUGGUAUACUAAGCAAGAUGUGUUCCAUAGCUUGAUCAGUGGCGACAAGUUAUUCAUGCCUUACUACUUACAAUGCCAAACUCCACCGCGGGCUGGUAUGGGUCGGUUGGACGCCAUUUACGGAUCUGCUGAUCACCUGUGGUUACUCCUCGCCCGCGUGACUGACUUUGGCUAUCGGGAUCGAAAGCGGAAGCUGAAGGCCAUCAGAGCAUCUGGAUUGGAUUGGAAGCCAAGUCCUGGACUUUUCAAGUUCAUGGGUCGCUUCGCUGGUGGGAAUUUUAACAAAAGACCAGGGCCUCCGGGUGGUCCUAAGCCUCCUGGACCUCCUGGGCCUCCGGGUGGUCCAUCCCCAACCAGUUCCUCUGCUUCCAGGGGAACCGGUCCCCCUUCGGAUUCAUCUGGAGGGUCACCUGGUCAAGGCCCGGCUCCACCGGGUCCAGAUGGGCCUCCUAUGUAUGGCAUGGUACCACCACAAGGACCCGUCCGCCUACCAUCUGGAUUUGCAGAUGGCGGCCCUCAAGAACGAGACUCGCCCGAGGAAGAAGAUGGCGGUGACGAUUUCACAUACAAUGAGGCUGAACGAGAGUGGGAGGAGAUUCUGGCUGCCUCGGACACUUUUGCUAAGGCACUAGGCCGCGACUUCCAACCGUUACCCGCUGAUGUCACGCAGUCGAUAGCCACUCCAUUUGGACCCGCCCUGCAGUACCGCACGCACACGAUCGCGGUGAUCUGGGGCUUUUAUUAUGCAGCACGCAUAUUGCUCCACCGGCUCCACCCCUGUAUGCCCCCGGCCAUGAUGAUGGCAGCCGGUGUAGCGGCUGCGACUACCACCGAGUAUGCGCAAACCAUUGGACGGAUUACUGGAGGCAUCUACUAUCCACAGCGUUACAACCUAGAGGCAGGUAGCCUCAGUCCAACUCUAGGCUCUUCUUUGACGGAGAUGACGAUGCCGAUCUUCUUCGCUGGUGUGCAGUAUAUGGACCCGGCGCAGCGUGGCUGGACCAUUGCCAAACUGCGGGACGUCUCACGACUGACUGGCUGGAAAACAUCCGACGCCAUCGCCAGUGGCUGUGAAAAGUCGUGGAUUAUCGCAGCCAAGCAGGGCCGCGGUCCACCAUAUCAGCGAUCCUUUGAAUCCGACCGGGGUCGCGACAAUCAUGUAAGUUUCGAUUCCUACCUGCGCCAUGUGGCGCAUGCUGACCGGGUCUCUCCACAGCCGCAGGAUCUUCUGCAUCGCGCCGAGGAGGUUCCUUGCAAUGAUGACCGGCGCUUUGUGACGGUCAGCCCGCCUGAUCGGGCAUAUCUGGCCAUGGGACUGUUGAGUUUAGAGGCGGAUAUGCAGAACUUAGAGGUAUAG